CAUGACAUCCUCCUCUUCAUUUUCGUCUUCACCAAAAAUAAGAACCGUCGCCAGUCGCCUUCAAUCCUCUCUCUGUAGCACAACAGGUGACGCACACGUGCGAGUGACAUUUUUGCAAGCAUGGAGGUGCCGAUGCAGUGGACUUCGCCAGACAUUCGGGCAAUCUCGAGUAAAUCCAAGAGGAAGCGCUUAAACAGACGCAAAAGAGCCACCGGCUCCGAUCAUAAGUCAGAUUUUGACUUGGACAGCGGCCUCAGCCAUGCCCUGGUCAAAGUUUCCUUUGAUCACAAAGCUGAAGAGCAGCAGCAUGAGGAAGAUGAGGAAAUCGAAGUGGUGGAGACUGAAGGAUUUAAACGCAAUCUGAAGCUUCUCAGAGGUGAAAGAGUGGAUGAUGAUUCUGAGAAAGCAAAGCGUGCAUGGAGGAAAUUCUGUGAUGAAACCUUGAAAAGUGACCUCUAUCUAAGCUCUGAUGGUGAAGAUUCCAACGACGGAAUCUUGUACGAAGCCAGUGAUGGCUCGUACUACUGCAACAAGCAUCGCCACUACAGCGAUGCAUCUCGCUCGAGGGGUCACUUCUGUCCCUCCUGUGAUGAUGAGUACUUGACCCUCAAGUUUAAGCUGGAGCAGAAGAAGCAGCGCCAGAUGAAUCAGAACCGCAGCCACAUGUCGGAGAAUGUGGAUGGCUACAUUGGCAACAAGUCGAUGGAUUAUAUCUUGAACUUCAUUGGAGAGAAAACCACCAAGGAAAACAAAAAGGAGAAGAAGGUGAAAAAGAAUCACAAGAAUAAGGAUGAGAAAGAGAAUCCCAAAAGAGCUGGGAAUAAUAAGGAAGAUCAGACCAAGGAGCCUAAACAAGCUGGGAAUGAAGAGGAUGAGGUCAAGGUGACCAAAAGAGCUGGGAAUGAGGAAGAUGAGGUCAAGAAGCCCAAAAGAGCUGGCAAGAGGGAUGAGACUAUGAAGACCAGAGCUGGCAAAAGAGGCAACGAGGAUCAGGUCCCCGAGAAGUUGCCCCCGAGCAAGUCUCUGGAAACUACUGAAGUGCUUGAAAGCUCCGUCUCGGAAAAAGACAAUAAUGAAAAUGUCAAAGAGGUCAAAGAGAAGGAGAACAAGAUUCCUCAGGAUAAAGAGGACAUCAUGAAAACUGAGAAGAACCAGGCAGGACUGAAAGAGGGCUACAUGAGCCGCAUAUUCCUCAAUUCCAAAUAUCGUUCCAAAGGCAACAAAAAGGUCGGCUGUUAGCCAUCCAAUUACUCUUGACAAUUGUAAAAGCUUUUAUAAUGAAAUUGACAUUUUGAUCUGAGCAUAUUUUGCAAAUGUCCCUUGGCGAUUUUCUUGUGCAAGAAUUUCUCCAUCAACCUCAGAAUUUUCAUUUGCUUAACAUUUUUUUGAAAAUUAAGGGAUAAACAUAAAUGAAGAACAAAAUGUGUUUGGAGAAGCAACAUUUUAUUUUGUAAUUCCAGCUCAGUAUAUUGAACAUAAAUGUUGAUGGAAAUCAGUUUCAAUCAUAUUUUCAAAAGCUUUGAAGUUCACAAUAAAAUCAAUAUUCUAAAUAAA